AAGAUAUUUGAGGCGUCCCAAAUUUCUUAAUUUCUCUCUCUCUCUCUGUUGGUUCCUAGGGUUUUAAACAACUCCAUUUGAUUUCCAAUCAUCCUUAACAAGGGUUUAUGAAAAUCACCCAAAGUCUGAAAUUUUUAACAACCCAAUCUCAAGUCAAGGCUGGUAAGUGUUUUUAGGAGGUGGACAUGGCUAGAAAGAAAGGUAAAUCUGUAUUAAAGAGAUCGGCACCUCUAACUAGUUUAGUUGUAUUGGAGGAGGGUGCACCAACAGCAUCAGUUAGUGCCUCAACAGCCUCAGUUAGUCGUAGAACAAAAAGACAACGAACUGCUUCUACUGAUGAUGCCAGAGUUGAUCUAGGUAGACCCAUUCUAGAGGGUUUAAAAGACAAGUCACUUUUGAAAAGCUUUAACACCCAUGUAGCCUCCAAUGUGUGGAAUGGUCAAGAACGUGGUGCAUUGAAACUCCAUCAUCAUGGGAGACUGCUAGCACAAUGGAAUUUAGAGAAGGAGUCUCAAGCGUUUCGAGAUAAGGUGUAUGCAAGUGGGCUGUCUUCUUUAGCCAAGUUCCCGUACAAGCAUGUCAGUCGACCACUUAUCUCAGCGUUUGUUGAAAGAUGGUAUCCUGAGACAAACACGUUCCAUCUCCCGUUUGGGGAGAUGACUAUCACGUUGGAUGAUGUGAAGCAGAUACUGAACAUAUCGGUUAGAGGCAAAGCAGUAAAUGAAGAUAUGGUGUCUAUAAAUGAAGAUGAAGCACGAGAAAUACUAAGUAGAACCCUUCGGAUUGAUGAACAGAAAAUAAUUGAUGAGCUAGGUGUAUGUCGAGGAGAUAGGGUGAGAAUGAAGUGGCUGAUGGAGAAUCUUGCCGGGAAGCAACACGAAUCCGGAGAAGAAAUUGAUUUUGCGGUGAGGGGUUACCUAUUGUUUCUUCUGGGAUGUACCAUCUUUACUGACAAGACAGGGACCAAAGUCCCUGUAGUAUACAUGAAGUUGUUGGAGGAUUUGUCCAAAGUAACUGAUUAUGCUUGGGGAGCUAGCGCUUUGGCUUUUCAAUAUCGCCACUUGGGGCUGGCAUCCCGUUCUAGUGUUCAACAAAUUGGCGGGUGUUUGACUCUUUUGGAGGUAUGGAUUAGGGAACAUUUUUGGAUAGGUGGUCCCAUUGCCAAUAAAGAUUAUACGGAGGAAUGGCCACGUACAGCAAAGUGGAUACCAAAGGUUGCUUCUGCAAAUGCAGAUCAGGAGUUAAUAUGUAUGAGAGAGGAGCUGGACUCUCUUACAGCCGAGGAUGUUACCUGGAAUCCAUAUCAAGCCUCACGGGACCAUCACACAUUUGACGAGAUAGCAUUCUAUUCAGGAUGCUUGACUGCAUUUGAAGUUGUCGAACCAUAUCAUCCUGAUAGAGUGCUACGUCAAUUUGGUAGGUUCCAACGCAUUCCCAGCAGUCCAUACAUACCUGUAGAAGUUUGUAGACCUAAAGAUAGCAAUGGGUAUGUGGUGGGCUUUAAAGAGAAGUAUCAGUACUGGGGUUGUUGGCAAGAUCACCUACUUCCCGAACUAGAGCGCGGGCAUUUUGUAAUAAGGCCGUCAGAUUGUGACGCUGCAUAUAUGGAGUGGUACAGAACAGUUAGUCAUCCUCGAGUACAAAACCCUGAUAAAUUAUCUGGAACCCAAAAGCCAAGUACUAGUGGAUUCGACUAUGAAGAUUGGAGACACCGAAGGAAUAGAGCAAUAAGUUUACUGGAAGAGUCGUUCUCUCUGGGCUCAAACCCAAAUGUUUCUGCUUUGUUGCAAAUGAGAACAGAGCUGUAUCACAUCCUUACUGAUAAAGAUUACAUGGAGGAAAAAGAUUACAUGGAGGAAGAAGCCUUGCUAGAAAAUGGUUAUAUUCCUCUACUGUGCAACCGUGAAGUAGAGGGCACACGAGGAAGUGAUAAUGGAAUACAACAGGGUAACCAAGAAGAUGACCAUGGAGUUCAACAGGGUAACCAUGAAAUAGAGAGCAACCAAUGAAGUGAUGGUAGAACACAGGAGAGAAACCAUGAACGAGAAGGUAACCUAGAAAGUGUUGUCAUUCUCAUGCCAGAUCAGAAAUUGUGAUUCCUAGCUGGUUGUAUAUCUUCAGUUUUCUUGUUCCUUUUGUGCAUAGCAAUUUUUUUCUGAGUGUAGGAGAUGUAUGAAAUAACAAUCAUAUGAAAUCUACAAGUGUUUGAAAAAAGGUCGAGCAAAACACACUAGGCGCGCUGUGCUUUCCGUACAUCAGAUGUUUGCCUUUGUAAUCCAUUUUGUGUUCAU